CUUCGUCACAAAAUUCACGGUCAGCUCUUACACCAACGGCGAUUUUUCUCCGAUGAUCUGAAUAAGCUAUUGUCCGAGGAGAAAAAAGAUGCAAACUGGCAAAAUCUUCCGACGGAAGAAUCGGUAUUUGAAGUUAGGAAGCUAGAAAUAUCGGACAAGGACAAGGGAUUCAGACUUAUACAACAGCUGACUGUGUGUGGGGCCAUCUCGAACGAGGCGUUCGACGCGAGAUUUCACGAGAUUGCUAAAUGUGGCGAUGACCAUCUUAUAUGUGUGAUAGAGGAUAAAGAUUUAGGCAAGAUUGUUGCCACGGGGAGCGUGUUUAUCGAGAAGAAGUUUAUAAGGAAUUGUGGCAAAGUUGGUCAUGUUGAAGAUGUGGUGGUGGAUUCGAGUGUUAGAGGUAAGAAAUUAGGGAAGAAGGUUAUCGAGUUUCUUUCGGAUUACGCUCGGGGGGUUGGUUGCUAUAAGGUGAUUCUUGAUUGUAGCGUUGAUAAUGUGCCGUUUUACGAGAGGUGUGGUUUUAAACAGAAGGAAGUUCAGAUGGUGAAGUACUUUAUUUGAUCAUCGAUUUUUUUUUUUUUUUUGUUGGACAAUGUUUCUGAGAUGCUCGUUUCGAGUCUUUUUCGAUUGGAUGUAUAAUUAGGGAUCGAUCAUAUCGGAAUUAGCACUUUAGGGAAGAAGAGUAAAAUCCGAUUUCUUUUCGGC